UCCAAAAACUAAGAUUACAGGAAUGAGACUCCAAACUGAAGUAUCUAUUGCUCUUUUCCAGGAAUAGCAGAUUCUGUAACAGAGCAUAUUUUAACUAAUCACUUUAUAGGGAGCCAAAGUCGAUUUCGUAAACCCUAUCUCCUGCCAUUUUUAGAUUUUUGGAGCCCUUACAUUUAUAUUGGCGGUUGGUUUCCUGGUUGUCUGUUGGCGCUCCUAAUAUUCCAAAUUUUAUACCAAAUGUGCGGACGAACAUGCUUAACCUUGGAACCCUGUGACAUCUUAAAGGCAUGUCGCUACAAAGAACCAAAGACCACUAAAACGUCUAAAGAAAAUCAGGCAGAAUGUAAUCAAGUGGAUCAAAUGGAACAUGACAAUUGUCUGGUGGAACCACAAUGGCGUUCGGAAUUCAACUGUGACAGAAAAUACAUUCCCUCCUAUAACAUAGCUCCCACGGAUAUUACGCCCGUCUUGGUAUCCAAAUAUCAUUUUUACGACGAAGAAGAGGCAGAAAGUAUGAAAAGUUCCCGUGUUGUUGUCCCCAUGAUGUGGGGUAUGAUACCGUUCUGGCAUAAAGGCGAUUAUCGUAAACAUGGUCUGACAACCAACAAUUGUCGUCUGGAACAUAUGUUAAAUUCCAAAUUGUUUCGGGGUCCUUUUCGUCGGGGCCAGCGUUGUGCUGUUGUAUGUGAAGGUUUCUAUGAAUGGCAAACCACAAAGUCGUCAAAACCCUCCGAGAGAGCAGCUCAUUUGUUGUAUAUGCCCCAAAAGGCUGACAUUAAGAUAUAUGAUCGCAAUACCUGGCAACCGGAAGAUGUAAAUCUCCUAAAGAUGGCAGCCAUAUUUGAUGUGUGGGAAGAUGAUCAGGGCGAUAAAAUCUAUAGUUAUAGUAUUAUUACAUUUGAAUCAUCGAAAAUAAUGUCCUGGUUACAUUAUCGCAUGCCAGCCAUAUUGGAGACAGAGGAACAACUUAAUACAUGGUUGGAUUUCAAAAAUGUUAGCGAUGAGCAAGCCUUAGCCACACUACGUCCAUGUACCCAACUGCAGUGGCAUCAAGUAUCAAAUUUAGUCAAUAAUUCUCGCAAUAAAUCCGACAAAUGUAACAAACCCAUUGAAAUGGUAAAGGAAAAGCCCCAAAUGAAUAAAAUAAUGACAGCAUGGCUCAAUGCCCGUAAACGUCGUGAAGCUGCUUUAUCAUCAGAAUUGGAAAGUGAUAAUGAAGAAGAUGGGCAAACGUCUUUUUAUAGUGUUGUGGGAGGCGGUAAUAUAACUACGACCACUAGCGAAAGUGAAUCUGAGCAACAACAUGCAACAAAACGACCUCGUUACCGUGACUACAAGCAAGCCAUCAAAAGGGCUAGAAAUGUUGGUGACAAUUCGGUGCCCGAUGUUACGGAUACAAAUGUGGAUAGUGAUGUCUCGAAAUCACAAUUCGAAUAAUUUAGUUUUUUUGUUAUUUAUUUUUUAAAAAACGUGGGAUGUUCCUAUAAUCAGAUCGAAUGUUUAUUUACUGUGUAGAAGCGAUAUAUGUUUUUUGUUUAUUUGAAGUCUACUGCCUCCAACCCGCCCUUUGGAUGAAAGUAUUCUGAAAUUUACUAAAUCAAAAGUAUUUUCAUUUCCAAUAAAAACUGAUGAUGAUGAAAAUUCCCCCAUGAAA